GUUUGAACAGAUUGGAGUUCAUUUGAUUGAUCCAUUGAUGAGAAAAACAUGUGUUCAGGAUGAGAGUCCAUCUAAUAACAGGACUGAUGAUCCUCAUCAUCAUCGAAUCAAAGGGUAUCUGAAGUAUGGAGAAAGACCUGGAUUGGUAGGACCUGUUUUAGAAGAAGUCUUGAUGGAAUGGGGUCAACGGAUUGGAGUUCAUGAAGUGAUUGAAGAAGCUGAAUUAGAAAGAGAUAUCGUUUUAGGAUGUUUGAAUCGAUUGAGAAUCUUGGAAGAAGCAUCUUUAUUGAGUGGAGAUUUAGGUAGGAAUGGACAUCGAGGAGUCGUUGGAGGACUUGGAGGAGAGGAUUUAGAGGAUUGGUCUAGGUUUUAUCGUAGAUUGAGUUAUGAAGUCUUUUUGAAAGAGAUUAUUGGUUUGGAACGUAGGAAUAUUAAGAUUGAAAAUAAACAGAGAGGGUUGAGUAUGAUGAAAUGGAUUCAGGAUGGAUUGUUAAUUGAAGAUGGACUCUUGAUGGGGGUUUGUCAAUGAGAAUGAGAAUGAGAAUGAGAAGUUCAUUUUGAUUUAUAUUUUGAUUUAUAUUGGAGUUUUUUUUUUUGAGAAGUUUGAUUGGAUUUUCAUGUGAUUUGAACUUACCGUCAAGUUGGUUGAUGAAGUUUAUAGAGUGAAUUCAUGAUUAUGUAAACUUGGAUGAGUUUGUUUGGGUUUAUAAGAAUUAGUAAAAGGUGUUGUAAUGGUAUUUUGAUUGAUGAUUGUUUGCUUCAUUAAAAAGUUGAAAGUCAUGAGGAUGAAAGUCAUAUCAUGGGUGAUUG